UACCAUUUUAUUCGAAAAAAAUUUAGGGAUGUGAAGUCAAACUGUAGCAUUGAUGAGUGGCAUAUGCAUUAACGACGUUAAUACCCACACCGCCACACGGAUGUCCUUCCUUUUGAUGGCUUUAAUGUUUUCUUACUUUUGUUCGUCUCUUUGGUUAAAUAUUACACUUGACCAUAUGGCCUCAUGCUCAUGGCAAGGGAAUGAAAAUAGAUGAGUUGACUUAACCAAAUCAGUCUGGUUAGUUCGGUUGACUUAACCAAACGACGGCGUUCCUACCUUUCACGUUUCACCUCCCAAAAGAAAAAUCAAAACACAGAGACAGAACUCUAUCAAAUCUUAUUGAAAACACGAACAUAACUCUUGUACUUUGAUUUGUCCGAUCUUCUCAGCGAUUUCUCGUCGAGGAUUCGAUUUUCUUAUUUAUGAUAGAUUCAUAUUUUUGUUUUGACUAAUUCAGCCAUCAUCGUUUGAGAAUCUCGCGAAUUCUGCAAAAAAAAAAUUGACUCACCCGUGCUCUCCUCCAUCGAUUUCCAGGCAAUCACAGUGAGAAGACAUAUGUAUUGUGGAGGAGUGAAAAAGGAAAUAGGAGAAUGAGAAUAGUCGGACUAACUGGAGGGAUUGCGUCUGGGAAGAGUACUGUAUCCAACCUCUUCAAGGCUAGUGGCAUUCCUGUUGUUGACGCUGAUGUUGUUGCUCGAGAUGUAUUGAAGAAAGGAAGUGGUGGAUGGAAAAAAGUAGUUGCAGCUUUUGGGGAUGAGAUUCUGCUCCCUAGUAGAGAAGUGGAUCGGCCAAAACUCGGUCAGAUUGUCUUCUCGUCUGAUUCCAAGCGUCAACUUCUAAACAAGCUGAUGGCUCCGUACAUAUCAACUGGUAUCUUUUUGGAAAUCUUGAAACAAUGGGCGAGUGGCGCUAAAGUGAUAGUUGUUGAUAUCCCUUUGUUGUUCGAGGUGAAGAUGGAUAAGUGGACCAAACCCACAGUAGUUGUGUGGGUUAGUGAAGAAACACAACUUAAGAGACUGAUGGAGAGAGAUGGAUUGAGUGAAGAAGAUGCAAGGAACAGAGUGAUGGCUCAGAUGCCGUUGGAUUUAAAAAGGAGCAAAGCUGAUAUUGUGAUUGAUAAUAAUGGUAGUCUCGACGACCUCCACCAACAGUUCGAUAAGGUUUUGUCUGAAAUCAGAAGACCAUUGACAUGGACUGAGUUUUGGCGUUCAAGGCAAUGAGCCUUCUCAGUCCUUGGUUCAGUAAUAUUAGGAGUCUUUGCUUGCAAACAGCUCAACAUUGGCUCUUAGCAUUUUGAAAAUUUCUGUGGUGCAAAGUCAUCACUUUUGUAACUGUUAAAAAAAAAUCAUUGUUGUAAUCUUACAACUUUCAUUUAUUAAUCUCUCUCUGACAACA